GAAAAUGCUGAAUCUAAUUUUAAGGAGUUUAGUAUUAUUUUUGGCUAUAUCUUCAGCCACGGCGUCUCUCCACCAGCUUUUUCCCGCAGAAGACCACGAGUACCAAUACGAGCUGAAGACCAACGUGUCUUCCGGACCCCUCAGUCCUCAGGAGUGCUCCUCCUGGACCCUGGAGGCGCGGCUACUGGUCACCGUGUAUGAUAAUUACACCAGGGUCAGAUAUAAGCUGGAAGGGCUGAAGACAUCGGUGUAUAGUAAGAAUCAGGGUUACUCCUCAUACCAGUCGGCAGAGGCCGCGAGGCAGCUUGGACAACCCUGGGAAGUCGAUUACCUGAACAAUGGAAUCAUCAGCGGCAUUUACGUCAGUUCGGAGCCUGUUUGGUCUCAUAAUAUGAAAAGGGCGCUCGCACUCAAUUUUCAACUCACCAACGACUCAUAUAAAGAGCCCUGCCUCUACGAAACCUGCAUAGCGGUAUACAUCAAUCAGGGACGCACCAUCCGCAAAUACACCAACUCGCAGCUGCUCGGCGCCUCAGCUGAGCGCUCAUGGAGUUCCGUCAACGUUGUUGGCAACCCUGAAUAUGAUGACCUAGUCGGCGUGCCAGACGCCAUCGCUACGGCAGAAAGAGUGUACCAGUUCACCGAAGCUGGUCUAGAGAGCUUGGAAAUGAAAGGCACUUCCGAGUAUAAAGUGCAGGAACACAUUCUGUCAGUCGCUACUGAAUUGUCUCUGAACUUCGUGUCAAAACAGAAGAGGCAACAGAUAGACAAACUGAACGUGACGCGCACGACCAUCCAGUACGUGUCGCAAGGGUUCAGUGACCCUUCUGCCGGUAUCAAUAACUUGACUCAGCAUGAUUUAAGGCACAAAGCUUAUCAGAUACUCUUGAAGAUUGCGAGGAAAGGCAUAGACGCAAACAACAUAGUGAGGAAUGCCACUCGGAUACACAGCCUCGACUUUAUAGAUUUGCUAAAUACCAUGACGCAACUGGAAUACGCGUCGCUGAGCAAGCUCUUCGACGACAUGGUGCUAGGGACCAGCUACGACGUCGAAACGUCGAGGAACAUCUUCCUGGAAGUUCUGCCGCAAGUGCGGACGCAUGCGUGUGCGCUGCUUGUCAAAUAUCUCGUCACGGAGCAGAAGGAGAAAAUCGAAGACGCCACAAUCCUCUCCCUCAUCCGAAAGCUCCCCUUCAACGUGGCCAACUACUCCACCAGUCUCCUCGAGGACCUGGAGGUGUUCACUAAGCUCGGCCUGGACUUCUCCAGGGAGAUCCGACACGCCGCCAUCUUGAGUUUCGCCACGCUUGCGCACAAAACUAGGAGAGCGCUCGAAGAACAGAAACAAGAUCUGUUUGACAAUAUUGUGGUGAAGUACUUCAGGAUGUAUAGCGACUGCCCACAAUACAUCGACCGCAUGGUGUGGCUGCAAGGCCUCUGCAACCUCGGCUAUUCGGCCGAUUCGUACACUAGAACUGUGUAUAUGGCCAAGAAGAGCAAUAGACACGAACGGUUAUGGGCGGCGUUAGCUGACGGCAGCUCACGACCGCCACCGGCGUAUGGAUAUGGUCGCAAUGUGAAUGAUUAUUCGGUACUACAAUCGUCUCUACCAAUAAUAAUGGACGACACAGAACACAUACAACUGCGAAUCGCGGCGUUACACGCGCUGCUCCGCUCCGACAUACGCGCAAGCGAUUUCUUAUACAUACACAACUACAUUAAGAAUUCUAAUAACAACCAGUUGAAGCGUUUCUGGUAUACGACAGUGAAGAGUCUGGAGAAAUGUAAGCUGUACAACGAAUAUAAGGCGGCGUCAUACUAUGUGCCGUUCGUGGCUAGUAAGGUUUCGAACCCGGACUCCACGUACUGGGCGACCAACAACUACAUAGUCAGCACUAACGAUGAGGUGGCUGCCGCUUUACAGUUCAUGAGCGUCGGUGAGCCAACCAGCGCGCUGCCAGCAUUCGCGGCUGUCAAACUGUCAACCGGCGGACGGCGCCCGCAUCAUAUAGCGGUAUACGUAAUAGCAGAAGGCGUAACAACGAACAUGUUCAAAAAAAUCCACACAAUCAACGAAAAGGAACUGAAGAUUGAAAAGCUGGUGGAGGUUCUGAGGUCAUUUAAAGUGCUCUCAACGCUACCAGAGGAGGUCCACAUUGAUAUAGUAAUCAAGAUUCACGACAAGACGGUCUACGCGUCGCAUGUCAACCAAUCACGGUUCGAUUCCUGGAACGGAGAGGAAAUAACAAAAUCAAUAGAAGACUUUCUUCGCUUCGGCAGCCACAUAAACCAGCAGAUAGUCUACUAUCCCUUCCAAAUGGACGUCAGUAUACCUACAGAACUAGGUACUCCCAUUCGUCUGCAAUCAACAAUAAUAUCGUUCACUUCAAUUAGAGGCAACUUAACUGCUCCUUCUUCUCAAGAUCUGACGUGGAGGAACGAUUUACACAUAAGAUACCAAGCAACAGCAGUAAGCGCCAUUAGAACACACGGGCCACUUCUAUCAUCAGAGCAUGAAGCGUUACUGCAGAGAUCCCUAGUGGCCCAUCUCCCUAUACGCUGUGACGUCACCAUCUCGCCCGUCAACAAGUCAUUCCAAUUAAAAUGGCCAAACCCCGGCGGGCAGUAUGGCGGCGUGGCGAUGCACUCAAGACUGCAAGUCAUCAUGACGUCCAAGAAUGGAAGAGACGCGUAUACUGUCACGGAACGGAAUAAUGAACAAAAGGUGGACGAAACGGGUGUGUUCUUCGAUUGCGAGCGACCGACGACGGGAGCGGAGGUUAUGGAAAAGUUAUUUGCAACUAAAGCGAACAGUUUUGAUUUCCUAGCUACAAUCCAGCCCUCCCUAAUCCUCCUAAACGGCCUGGUCCUCAUCACCACCCCCCCCUCCGGCUCCUGCGGCGCGCUCCUCCCCCCUCGGCCCCUAAGACCUGGAGGCUCGGUGCUGGAGCUGGGGCUGGAGCUGCAACAGCUGGAAGUAGACUUCAAUGACCGCGUCAAGGUCAAAGUGCAGCACGCUUUGGAGUUCAAAGAAGACAAGCCCGAUGGUGAGGUGUAUCUGGAAGUAGCAGGCUACACUCAGCUGGAGAGCGUUGGUAGCAACCUGACCGUGGAUUUCUUGGUAGCUGCACGCCGACUACAUACGACUGACAGUGAGAAAAACUGGAAGGUCUGCGUCCACCUCCACGAUAUCUCCCACGUCACUCCAGACCAGGACCUGUCAUCAACCCCAGCAGCCUACGAAGGUCACAUGCUGGUGACCUUCAACCACGACAUGGCCUUGACCUGCCCGGCCAGUGCUGGUGGGCAUCUGAGGAUGGACUAUGUUGGGAAGCCGGUUGAUGGUGGGGCGCUGGAGAGAUACUUGAAGGUCAUGUUGACUGGAGAUAAGUUGCCUAAACUCAGUGCGCCAGAUCUGAGCACAGAAACGGGGCAGCUACUGGGCAGUCUCCAUCAGCAGCCAUUGAACCUGACAGCUGUCAUUACGGAGAAAAACGGCCUUGCAUUUGUGACAUUGAACAAUGGGGGUGAGAUGCAGUUCCCCUCACAUAACUUCGCCUGGCUCCUAGACAGCUGGACCAAUAUGCAGAUUAUGAAGAAUCUGGGAAUAUACCGUGAAUGUCAGCUGGAAGAGUCAAUCGUCGGCACAUUGACGGGUGAAAAAGACCCGUUGCCGUCAGCAGCCUGCUAUGAGAUCCUGGUACUCGCUGACUGCACUAGCGCCCCCAGAUACGCCAUCUUCCACCAACGCCGUAACACCAUAGACAGCUACCGUCUGUACACGGGCGGGAACUAUGUCACCGUCACGAGCAGCGGCGGUGACAUUAAUGUCACCAUCAACGAUGACACGGCGUGCGCGGCCGACUGCCGGUACCCUCCACAGGAACCUUUUUAUGACUUCAAGGUAACGCGUCUCGGCGACACAGUGAAGAUAUUCUCCCGCCUCAGCGGAGUCCAGCUUCACUACAAGUACAGCGAGACCGUAGUUCUCGUGCCGAGUCUCGCACUCUCCACCAGCUGCGGAGUGUGUGGUGGGCAGCGGUAUUACACCGAGUGUUAAAACAACGCUUAACCACAUAAAAUAUACUACUAAAUUAUCGAGACUGUAGUUCUCGUGCAGUCUCGCGCU